UUCAUUGAUAUCAUUCGUGUUGGAGCUCGAUGUCUUUAAACUUAAACUAAAUUUGUGCGGUUCUUGUAAAGAAGGCAACAAAAUUAAAAAGAGUGCUAGCUAAGUGGAUAGUGGAAAAGCCCAUUGAAUAUUUUGAACUCCUGAACCUGAAGUUCAAUUCUUUUCAGUUUAAAAAUAACAUCAAUUUCUGUAAUCAGUCCUCAAAACAAAGUGUUACUUAUAAAGUGUGUAUAUUAUAUGCAUCUUUGGUGCCUUGGCUUUGGCUUUCUGUUUCAGUUUCAGUUUUCCUAGAUGUGCAAACCUUGAAAUUUGUGCAAAAAAGUGCAAAUAUCUUUUCCUCUUCUUUUUUUGUUGAGUGUCCUUAAAGAGAAAAAAAAAGUCUUAUUUUUUGGAUUCUUUCCUAAUUAAUUGUAAAUCAAGAAUAGACGUACCUACAUCAUCAUAACGACUAUCAUGGCACAAGGUGGUACAGCAGCAGUCGACCUUGCAGGUGCAGCAGCCGUAGUGGAUCGUGCUGGUGCAGCAGCAGAUCAUCCCCAUGUUCACUUUGACACAGCCAGCCUAAAAGAAGACUUUGAAUCGGAUAGCAGUGUAACAUACAAGCGGUCUGGUGAUACCAUUGUCGUCAGUUUGGGCUUCCUUCAGAUCAAUCACAGAUAUUCGAUAGAUCUCAAAUUGCCCGCAACAGUAUUUGGCCAAAUUGACUGUCUAACAUUAUCACAGUUUGUACCUGAAGUCAGUACGGUUCCUAAUCUCAAUUGCAGAAUAACAGAAUUCUCCGGUGUCAAAGAUGAUCAACAUGAUUUUUUCGAUAUGAAAAUUGAAUUUUUCGCCUACAAAGAGAAACUAUUGCGCGAAACAUUGACCAUUCAGAAUUCAAAGAACUCCGAAGAGAUAUUUAAGCUAUUGAUAGCUGCUCGAGUUUUGGGAAAAGGCAAGGGCACACCCAUGCUAAGGACUGGUAUCCAUUGCAUAGGAUCGGAAAAAGAUGAUGACGAAUCGGAGGCGUCUGAUUUUUCUGGCUUCGGAAAAGGUAAACUAAAAUGAGAAGAAUCUUCACUCUGCCCUGCCUUUCCAUAAAUAUUCAAAUAUUUUAACACCAACAAAUAACAAACUUUCCAAACUAAAUUAGGGGAAAACUUAAACUUUAAUUUUCAACGCAAAACAAAAAUCUAACCUGCUAAAACUGGACCAAUAGAUGACUAGGAAUUAUUUUAAUUUCAAAUAUUUUCCAUGAAAAAUAAAAAAAAAAGAAUUGAAUAAAACUUACUGCUGUUUAGAAGCUGUCUUUUCUUAUUGCAAAUGGUGCUACAUUGUCUUGAUUUAUUAAUUAAAAAGAAAAAUAUAUAUAUAAAUAUUAGAAUCAAUCUUUUAUGAAAUUGCACUGAUAUGAAAAUUAAAAUAAAUAAAAACUAUAAAGUAGAGAUAAAUUUAAGUGAAUGCAUAUUAAUUUGUAUGUAAUAUCAUUUUAAAGGAAAAGUCAUAAACGAAACAUUUUAAGAAUGCUAAAACUAUAUAUUUGUAAGAUUUUGAUGUUCAAAACAUUUUAAAAAUUAUAAUAAAUCAAUUAAAAAUAAAUCUUUUAAAUGGUGAAUAA